GAACGCAGAGGCGCUUAGUUUGAAAUUAAAAUGAGAUAGCGUGCUAAUACAGCACCAGUUAUCCUCUUAUUUUUUUGUUUUUGUCUGUUUACUAAAUUAUGCAGAUCCAUUUUUUAAUUUAUGCUGCAAAUCUGAUUAAAGAAUUAUAAAAUCAAUUAUUGCUGCAAACUCAAGAUUAGAAGGAAAUCCCUAUGUAGUAAGAAAUUAUUAUGGACGUGAAUUUAAGCCCAUCUCAUAGCUGCACGCCACCGGAACCACCAGUUCGAUCUUCCAGCACAAUGCACCGACAUCCUAUAAAGAUCGCACCUAAAAAACCACUUCCAGAUUUGCCGAAGAAAACUGGAAGAAGCAGAAUUAGAUUAUUCAGAUUACCCAAACUGACUAGUGAUCCGAAAAUUUCUUCUCCAUUAUGUGUAAGCCAUGAAUUACACGUGGUCUAUGAUGAGAAUACAGGAGAAUUCAGAGGAAUGCCUGAGGAGUGGUUGGAAUGGCUGCACGCUGCUAAUAUUUCAUUUCAAGAGCGCGAGCAGAAUCCAGAGCUUGUUAUCGAAGUUUUGCAGUGUUAUGAUACGGCUAAACAUCAAGCUAGGCGGCAAAAGUUUAUAAUGACGGAAGAACAUUACUGGGGCAAUUUUGAUAGAAUUAAUUCAUGUUUAUGUCAUCAAUUGAUGAAUGAUGAAGUUUCUGCUAAUCAUACAUGUAGAAAAUUUCAGCAUGAUUCAGUUAAUUCCAAUUCUUCAAAUGCAAUAUCUGGUGAUUCACCAUGUUCCAAUACUUCUAGUCUUUCCAAUUCAUAUCAAGUAUCUUGUACGUCAACAACAAAAAAUAUUCCACCACCUGUUCCACCUCAUUAUUCAGUUACGCAACGACCGAAUGAAGAGAGGCAUUCAGAAAUAAUUCACAAUAAUAGUGAAGUUUUGGCCAUUGAACGAACUAAAUCUGAUUCGCAUUUGGAACAGAAAUCGCUAUCUGGAAAUGAUAUUUGUUUUGUCGAUGCUAGUGGAGAUUCAGAACAUGAAUCAUUAUCUUUUCAAAUUUUAAAUCCUCAACGUUUUAAAGCCUCAAAUGAAUGUAUUGAAUGUGAAUCGAUACGCAGUCAUUCCAACAUAUUUUACAGUUCAUUGCCAUUAGAUGAAAUAAAAAGACCAGAAAAACCAGAUCGAAAGGAAUCAGCUUUUCUGAACCGUGAUAAUGUUAACCCCAGUGAUGAAAUAUCUGAUCAGAAAAGUAUGUGUGAAACAAGUGUCUGUACAGAGCAGGUAGUCAACAAUGUUUUGGUUGAAAGUAGUUCUGAUGAAACAAAUAGAUUUAUAAUAGAGGAGCCCUAUGGUGUGGAAGAAAUUGAAGUUUGUGAAUCAGAAAAAGUGUACGAUAUUAUCGUUGCUAAUGGAAUAUGUCAGCCUGUUAGUGAGGUUGGAAUCAAUUCACAAAAUCAUUCAUCCUUAAUAAAUUCAACUAAUUGGCAAAUAUUCUGUUGUAUUAGUGAAGCAGCAUUUACAUCAAACACUAUAGAUUCUUCAUCAAAUGAUCUGCAGAUUUGCUUAGCUCAACCAGAAAUGGAUGAAGAUACCCAGCUUACGGAAUCAAUAAAUUUUGAUGAUAAAGGAUCAUAUAUUUCAGAAACUAUCCAAAGGCCUGACCUUCCUGAUAACAGUUUAAAUGUUUCUCAGUCCACUCCAUCCGUUGAAUUGAAAACCAUAUCUGAAACGUUAUCAAAUGAUGAACACCUAACCACUUCCUCUGAACUUAAUUCAGAAUCCAUUGGUCCACAGAGAGGCCGUACUACCACAAGAUGCAAUAAUGUUCAAAACAGAGCAAAACGCUCCGCAGUUCAUUCAGGUAGACAAUCAGCAGAGAGUUUCAAAAACUCUUCUAAACUUCCAGCAAUCAGCAAAAAUCCGGACCCCUCAAUUACUCCCAGUGAUACAAGUUUUCCAGAUUAUGGAAACGGGUUUCAAAGCUCCAAUCCUCCAGUUUGUUUGGUUUCUCGGCAUUCCCCAAGUUGUCGUAGCAGAAUUCGUAUGCGUGAUGAACAAAUUAUUGCUCGCUUAAGGACAAUUGUGAGUCAGGGUAAACCAUCAGAGAAAUAUGAAACCCUUGGGCGUAUUGGCCAUGGAGCUUCUGGUGUUGUUUAUAUCGGACGAGAACUUCAGUCUGGAUGCCAUGUAGCUAUUAAACAGAUGAGCCUGCGACAACAGCCUAGAAAAGAAUUAAUCCUCAACGAGAUUUUAGUUAUGAGAACAUAUCGAAAUCCAAAUGUAGUCAAUUACUUGGAUAGUUAUUUAUUAGGUGAUGAAUUAUGGGUCAUAAUGGAAUAUUUAGAUGGUGGUUCAUUAACUGAUGUCAUAACAGAAACAUGCAUGAAUGAAUCACAUAUCGCUACCGUUUGUCGUGAAACAUUACAAGCUUUGGAAUUUUUACACAGCAAACAUGUAAUACAUCGCGAUAUAAAGUCUGAUAACAUACUCUUGGGGUUGGAUGGUUCUGUAAAAUUAACAGAUUUUGGAUUUUGUGCGCAACUGUCUGCUAAAAAUGAUGAUUUCAAACGAACUACAAUGGUUGGUACACCGUAUUGGAUGGCACCUGAAGUAGUAACCAGAAAACAAUACGGUCACAAAAUUGAUAUUUGGUCAUUGGGUAUAAUGACAUUAGAAAUGCUGGAAGGUGAACCGCCUUAUUUAAGUGAAAACCCUUUAAAAGCAUUAUAUUUAAUCGCGACCAAUGGUAAACCAGAUUUUCGUAAAGAUAACCUUAGUUUGGACUUGUUAAAUUUUCUCGACAGAUGUCUAGAAGUCGAUGCCCAGUCUCGUGCUAGUGCAUCUGAACUAAUUGAACAUCCAUUUAUACAAAAGAAUGCUCGCCCAAUAACAUCUUUGAUUCCGCUUAUACUAUUAGCACGAGAACAGGCUCGUUCUAAUACAGUUACAUAAAUCUUUGAAACUACAAUAUUGUGUCAAUCUGUUAUCCUGUUUCUUUAAAACAACACGAUAGAGAAUAUUUUGCUUUUUACAUUGUUCUUAUCUCCAAACAUCCAGUACGAUGCAUUUUCUCAGCUUGUAUGAAAUCAGUUAUCUUAAUGAAUUAUUUCUAUUUUGCUUUAUUAUUUCUCAAAAUGUCAAUAACAAACAAGCUCUGCUUCUACUAUUUUCUAGUAUAUAAUACGCUAUAUAGCUACACAGAAUUCCUGCAUUUAUUUAUUUUAUUAUACUAAAACGUAAUGUUAAAGAUUAGUUUUUUACAUUGUACAUUUGACUGCUGAUACAUUAUUUCUUCACUGAUUAUUCUAAAACAAAGAACACUUGCAAAUGAUUAUGGUAUUUUUUUUAGUAUAAAGUUAAAUGCAGUAACUUGCAGUAAUCUAACCUACCUAACUCUAAGCAAACAAAUGAAAAACAAAAAAUUGCCUUAUAAAAUAUAUUCCUUUGAAAAUGGAUUUUACACGAUAGAUCUUAAAUUCACCAAAACAACGAACUCCUUUGUUUUGUUUUUAAGUUGUUCCUUCCCUCUGCAAUGCCAUGUCGAAUAAACACCAACGUGAAUGUAGCAUAUCCUGCAUACUGACUAAAAUAAUACAUUGUUACAACUUUGCAUAAUAUAAAAAAAGAUUGACAACUGCUCUUUUAAAGACAAUAAUAUAUAAACUAAUCGUUACAUUUAUCUUAUUUUUCAUUCCAAUUAAAAUAAUUAUUUCUUUUAAUUUAAUUUUAAAAGAUUUAUCUAUACGAUCG